GCUGACAGGCACCAGUGUCAACAAGUCGGAUCAGUUUAGCCGGUUUAAGCAGAGGAUGUGAGGAGGAUCAUUUGUCAGCACAGAAGAGCUGCACCAACCACAGAGAAGACGCCGGUGUGGGUGAAUGGCUGAAAACCACACAGCAGAACAGUUCAGGGACUUAAAGCCUUCUUUGGAUCUUAACAACUUUAGACCCGAUGAACCAGUGGAGGAGUUGGAGAACCAGAAUAUAUGGCCCAGAUCACUGGCUCGAAAAUGGAUGGCGAUGCUGUUUUUGGGCACCUGUCUCCUGUACUGUGCCAGGAUGACGGCGCCGGUCUGUGCUGUCUCAAUGGCAGCCACCUUCCACUGGAGUAAAAUCGACUCUGGCCUUGUCCUGGGUGGUUUCUUCUGGGGCUACUGUUUCACCCAGAUCCUGGGAGGACACGUCAGUGACAAAGUGGGGGGAGAACGUGUCCUGAUCACCUCUGCAGCUUCAUGGGCGCUGAUCACCGCUGGGACCCCUUUGCUAGCUCACCUGGGCUCUCACACCCUCGCUUUGAUGACGUUGGCAAGAAUCCUGAUGGGACUGCUCCAGGGUGUUUUUUUCCCGUCUUUGGCCAGCCUCUGCUCACAGCGUGUUGUGGAAGCUGAGAGAGGGUUCUUGAUGAGCACCAUGCACAGCGGCACUCACCUCGGCACGCUGUUGGCGGGUGGAAUGGGAUCCAUGAUGCUCGAUAGGUACGGCUGGGAAAGCAUGUUCUACUGCACUGGGUUCUUAGCUGGACUGUGGGCCGUUACAGUGUGGUAUUACUUAUCAAGAGGUGAUGUUAUAAUGCAGCAAACAGGAAUGAAGAGCCACCUCCAAGCAAGUUUGUCCCUGAAACGCUGGCUUUACCUUUUCAAAAAGCCUCCUGUUUGGGCCAUGGUCCUAACUCACAUGUGUGCAUGCAGCACAUCCUACACUCUGUUAUCUUGGCUGCCGACAUACUUUAAAGAAUCAUUUCCUCAUGCAACGCCUUGGGUGUAUAAUGUGGUUCCUUGGUUAACAGCGAUUCCAUCAGCUCUUGGUGGAGGAUUUGUGUCUGAUUUCCUCAUUACCAAAGGAUACGGUGUUGCAUCUGUGCGAAAAAUAAUGCAAGUUGGUGCCAUGGGCCUUUCCAGCAUGUUUAUCUUGCCUUUGUCUGGAGCUGUCCACUUUACUUCUGCUGUGGUUUUCCUUUCUGCUGCAGUCGGGUUGACCACCUUCACCGGAGGUGGUGUGUCUGUAAAUGUGCAGGAUCUCACUCCAUCAUGUGCUGGUGCCCUCUAUGGAUUUAUGAAUAUGAUGGGAGCUUUAAUGGGUCUGGUUCUGGUGUCCUUCUCUGGCUACAUAAUCGAGGUCACUUUGUCGUGGGCCACAGUUUUCUCCCUCAUCACCUUAAUAAAUAUCACAGGCCUUGGGAUCUUCCUCAUCUUUGGAGAUGCUCAACGUGUCGACCUGCAGGAGAAUUGCACAAUCAUUGUGGUUUAAUACCGAGAACUUAUAUUUAUUUUAAUUCAAAUUUUAUUAAUCCCAAAGGGAAAUAAAUAAAAAAAAACUGUGCAAGAUUUUUAAAAGAGUUGCAAAUUGCGACGCUGUGGGCUUGACAGAUCUUUCUUCGAGGUCAGUAUUACAAUGGUUCUAAAGAAUUGUCCAACUGAAGACACUGUCUGUGGAAGAGGAUUCUUGUGACUAUCUAAUGUUCUUUUUAUGAAUAUUCCUUCUUUGCACAAUCAUCUGCAGAGAGAGAACAAAGUCAGCACUAUUUACCAGCUUUUUAAGCUUUUUAAGUCACUGAUUUACAUCCCUGAAACCUCAUAGAUGCUUUAUAUAUAUCAAAGAUAACAUAUCUGCUAAAUUUCCAAAAAGCAACUGAGGAAAUGUAUGAAGUGAUAACAGCAGAACUCCAACCUAUUUGGUCAACUGAGAGAUGAAGACAGUAUGAACUUACUGACAUCAGAUCCUGAGGAAAUGCUCUGAUUUGGACCCAGUUUGCUACACAGACAGCAGCAAUGCAAAUGUAAAUGACAGGAUUUCCAUUGAGCUACAUUGUUUAACACAAACUCCUGAGAGUAUGAGUGCUAAGGUUAGGUGAGGACAAUCAACAUCAUCUGGAAGAGAAGAACACAUAGAAACAUACGAAACGGUAAAACACUAUGAUAGAGGUUCUUAUUGACAUAUUUUGUAGAACAGCUGCAAAAAAUUCAAAAUGAUCUUGUAGAAACCUACCAAGUGUUCCCUAGACUCGGCCAAGUGAUUGUGCGGGUGCACCGAUUGAUCCGCUGGCCAAUUAAUUGGCCCUAAUUUCUUAAAUUUUGAGAGCUCUGUGAUCAGCCGAUACUUAGAUGAGAAAUAAAUCUUUUCCUUCGGUCUUAUCUACCUCUCUAACGGUCUGGACAUCGCACAGUCAGUGCUCUGAACUUUGAUUUAUAUGACAGCAGUUGUUUACAAAGCUUUUAUUUAUUUAUUAUUCUUUUUAAAGCUCAGGAUCGGUGAUCGACCAGGAACGUACAAUUUGUGCAUCCCUACUUGUAUUACUGUGUAAUGUGUUUAAAAAACAUUCCCGCUGACUGUCCCUCACUGUUUUAGCUGACUAUUGGAUGCCUUAAUAACUGCCUGUAAAGAAGUGCUCACCUAAUAAUGCUCUCAUUUGCAACCUGAAUUAACUAUCACAUUUAUUUGCCUACCAGAUUAAAUUGAGAUUACACUUUUGCCUCUGGUUGCUUCAUUUUUGUCUCUAAGUCUACUGUAUUAUUCCAUCCAACUCAUAGAAUAUUCAUCUUU